AUGAAUGCUUUUUUAAUGAGUCCGCAGUGCAGCGGAUCGUUCACGUACGACGACUGCAUAAAAGAUAUAAAAAAGCUCACGGAAGAAACAGAAGAGCACAACUACCACUACUGCAUCGUGUAUCUUCUUGUUUUGAAAGAGCAGAUAGUGGAGAUUACGCCCGAGAAAAAAGAAGAGUUUGAGAGCGCGUUUCAAAACCUCAAAAAACACGCGAAAAAGAUAUCGGACAAAGAAUGGCACAGUCUGAUAGAGAAUGCGUCCUACAUCACACACAAAGAAGAGAAGAUAGAGGAAAACAGAAGCAGCUCGCUGAUCAACCUAGUAAUAGAGACACUUAUCAGAACAAGCUCCGCAGACAUCGAAAGAGCGAUAGAGGUCUAUCUCGAAGAGGAGAUGAAAGACCCAAGAACACAGACACAGAAGAGUGUUUCAUCAGAGAUUAUUGAGGAAAUUCUUGAAAACAUUUCAAAGCUGCCAGAGAAAGAGAAAAGACAGAAAAUAAGAACAGUGUCCAAGCUGCUGAAAAAAGAGCACACACCCAUCCUUAUAAAGUACGUCCACUCUCUUUCCAAAGUUCUUCUCCUCUCUCUCUAUUUGACAAACAAAAAAGUGUACAACUCGCUGCACGACGAGUUCUUCAAGAAAGCAGAAACACCAGAGGAGUACGCCCUGCUGGAGCACUUUCCGCAGCUGGAUCUCCCACAGAUCCUGCGGCUACUCCACAAGAACAGCUCAAUAUUCAAACUGCUGGACCGAAUAAUAAAAACAAGACCCGUACACAGAGAUAAAAUAGUAGACUUUGUGAUUGAGUAUAUAUCAUCGGGCGGCUCUAGAACUAAAUCGAUCAACUUCAUCAAGGACAAUCUCUCCUGUUUCAUUGACAAAGUGCAGAGCAUAGGGCUGGGAUGCGAGGAGGUUCUUCUACUUUCGCAGAGUGAUCCCUCUUUGUUGAACUAUGCUUUCACCAUCAUGCACUCGUUAAAAGUCGAGCUAAAAGAAAAAAGAGUGGCAAAUGCACAGAAAAAAGAAAGAAGACUUUCGCUGCUUAUUUCUGCCCUGGCCACCGAGCUAAGCAGCCUCAGUGCGCCAGCUACCACCGACUCGUCUUCUGACUCUUCGCCCUCCACCGAUCGAUCAUUAGACACUGUCUCUGCCUUUGUGAAGGAAGCGCAUAAGACAGACCCUGAUCUGCUUUCUAAAGUGUGCAUAGCUCUGUUUAGGAUGCAUCCACCCGCUGCAGAGCUAGUUAGCACGCUGUCUGUUCUUGUGCAAAGUAAUACUACACGUUCAUUCGUAUUUACUGCCCUGCCGUAUUUGGACAAUAGCCAAAAAUUUACUUUACUGCAGGAGUAUCUAACAGACGAUGUCUCUCUUACUCUUUUCCUCCGUAUGCUGCAGCCUGUUGAUAUAUUCGUGCAUGCGCACACUCUCCCCCCUGGCGAUGCAUCCCGCGUGCUCGGUCUCUGCUGGGGACGGCCUGAUGUAUUCACAGACCGCGUGGUCUCUUCCGCUCUGGGCGAAGUGUGCAGAGGAGAUCAUCUGCCCCCUGUUUUCUCACGGACUGUAAGGGAUGCUCUGCAGGCUCAUGCGAACAUGCGCCCGUUCAUUGCAGGGCUGAUGAAGAGAGAGGCUCCUCGACUGCUAGCUGAGUCUGCGGGCGAAGUAGUGAAGAUCUUGGAGGCUCUAAAAGAAGGGGCAAUUGAGGUGUGUCUGUGCAUGACAGAGGAAGAGCUGCCCCUGGUCCUACGGAAAUCUAGAGACAUAGCAAAAAGAUUUCGCGAGUAUCUCCGCACACAGCCCAGACACAUCAGAGAGAAGUAUAGAGAAAUUACACAAAAAAUAUAA